CGCACGGUUCUUCCCCCUCUGUCGAUCCCCUCUCCGCGCCUCCUCCUCUGCCGUGUUGCUGCGCCGCCGCACGCUUCUUCCCCCCUCUCCGCGCCUCCUCCUCUGCCGGUCGCUGCGCCGCCGGCUCAGCCGCUUGUCCUGCGCCUUCUCCUCCCCGCUCCUCGCUGAGUCAUCGACCAGAUCGGCGUCCAUGUUCAGCAGCGGCGGGGGCAUCUUCGGCGGAGGAGGCGGGUGGUCGUGGCGGCGGCACCUUCAGCGGCGUCGCCGGACUCCCGUCGCUGACCUCGGCCUCACCCAGAAGAGGUCUUGUCCACCCAUGCCGCCAAGGAGGGGGAGCAGCCGUGCCCGGACGAGGUCGUCCCCAACUCCUGCAUCUAGUCGUCGACCUUACCAACACUGCAGUCGCCGCUGCUGGUCGAGGUCGCCCAGGUUGACACCGGCCCCGCCGGCCUGCAGGUCAUCCUGCCCGACAUGGUAUUUGGCAAUAUUGGUUCUUGGGCUGCCCAAUUGAUCACUGAAGCUGGUGGCAAGGUGGUCUCCAUCAGAGAUGUCACAGGGGCUGUCAAGAACUCCAAUGGCAUUGACAUAGCCAAGCUGAUGAAGCACUCGGCAGAGAACCGCGGGAUCAAGGGCUUUGACGGAGGCGACGCCGUCGACCCGACCUUGCUGCUCACGGAAGAGUGCGACGUGCUCAUCCCGGCAGCUCUGGGAGGAGUCAUAAACAAGGACAAUGUUGAUGCCAUCAAAGCAAAGUACAUCAUCGAGGCUGUUAACCACCCAACAGACCCCGAGGCCACGAGAUUCGGGCAAAGAAGGGCGUGCUGAUCCUACCGGACAUCAUGGCCAACUCCGGCGGAGUGAUGGUGAGCUGCUUUGAGUGGGUGCAGAACAUACAGGGGUUCAUGUGGGACGAGGAGAAGGUGAAUCGGGAGCUCAAGACAUACAUGACCCGCGCCUCAAACAUAGUUCUGAAUAUUUAGGCAAUGUAUGGCACAGUAGAAAAUGGAAAGUAGUUAUGUAAAGUAUAUCUUCGAAAACCAGAAUUGGCUCAAUUUGGAAGAAUGCCUACUUCAUAUGAAUUUCUUGCCCGCUUUGCACGCGUUGCUACAUGUGUAUUAUCAUGCCUUAGCCAUAAUCAUUGUCAACAAAUAUGGAACAGAAGAAGUAUGUCUCCUAUUUUAGUCCUCUCUGUCAUGUUCGCGUGCACAACCUAUUUUGCCAAUGAGCAAGUUUAGCAUCUGUUUGUUCUUCCAUGAUCUUAUGCUGGUUGCCUGGUUCUCAUUGUCGUCCUAGCUGUCUAGUUAGUAAGCAGAACUCUGUUAGAGUAAAGCUAGCUGGGAAAUCUGUUUCAGUAUUGUUACCCAACAGACUUAGGCCUAGAUAUAUUAGUUGUAAAUUCAUUAGCUCCAUGUAUCGCAUUAGUUUCGAUGCAAAACACAAGCUGCAAUGUGCCAACUCUUGUCGACAUGUCUAUAUCAGUAUAAAAAUGGUACAUGGUGUUCCUGAUGCUAUUCCUUCU